AGAGAGAGAGAGAGAGAGUAUUAUCUCGUGAGGGUUUUCUUCCGAUUCCUCUCCCCUUUUUAUCCCUUUUAUUUAUGCAGUUCUUAAAUUCUGUGGCUCUUGAGUACUCAUCCUUUGGCUUUACUUAUAACCUAUAUAUUUUUAUUUCUUUCUGAAUAUUAAUUCUUGGCUUUUUUUAAAAAGUUAUUAAGAUUAUGUUGCAUGGUCUUUUUUGUUCGUCGGUCUAAGGAGGUAUGAGUAACACAAUGAGACCAAGAGUUAAGGUUAUGUUUUAUCUUGCUUAUGAUAGGGGUUGACACACAAACCGUGAUUUUCGAGCUUUAACUUGCAAAGAGCAAUUCGUUGAUUUGUUCAUACGAUCGAUCAUGGAAGGUUGUGUUGUUUGUGGCUGAUAUUUUGAGCCCAACUUCAAUUAUAUAUAGCACCUUCUUUUUUAAUUUCUUGUUAUUAUCAAUAUCUUUGUACAAAUUUAGGAGUUAGCCUUGUUUGUUUGUAUAUUUAGUUACUUAGAAGAAAGUGAAAACAAAAGGAAAGAAAACAAAUGGAAAUGAUCAUGCCCAUGAAGGAAAAACAGCCAAAGAAAGGCAAUUUGAUCAACAAAACAUGGCAGCGAUGCAAGUCCAUAGGCCGCGGCCUCAAAAGCACUUCACCGGCGGGGCGGUCCAUAGGGCAUGGCAUGACAAAGAAGAGCAAAUCAUGGCCACGGAUGAUCAACGCCGCCGCAACUCAUGAAGAAGAGAAGCGCGAGCGCGAGAGCAAGAAAGGGAGAGUCGCGCCCGAGGGCUGCUUCUCGGUCUAUGUGGGACCUCAGAGGCAGAGGUUCGUGGUGAAAACCCAAUACCUGAACCACCCGCUGUUCAAGAUGCUGUUGGAGGAAGCUGAAUCGGAGUUCGGUUAUGAUACUCAAGGCCCUCUUAUGCUUCCAUGCAACGUUGAUAUCUUCUACAAAGUGUUGAUGGAGAUGGACAACGACGAUGGCGGCGCCGAUAAGAUUCAUCCGGGAUAUUGCGGCUUUCCUAAGCGCCAUGGCUCUUAUCACCUUCUAAGCCCCUCUCGCAUGGUGGCCAUUAAUCAGUUCUAAUUGUGUGUGUAUUCCUAUGCUCCUUUUCCCUUCUUUUUUUUUUUUUUUUUUUUGUCUUAUAGUUAAUAAGUCUUUGCCAUAUAUGUGUACGUUUGGUACGUAUGUUUUCAAUUAUGUUGAAUUUAAGUUCCCUAAUUAGAUCUUAGAAUUAAUGUCAUGUGUGUACAAGGGGGAAAGGAAAACUCUAUGAGUAAAAAUACAAGAUCUAGUUAUGCAAAUAUAUCUUAGAUUUUGUAUAAUAUACUCUCUGAUAUGUAUGGAGUAUACAUAUAAUUCCCUGUUUGUUUGUUAUGAUGAGAAUUUUUGACUGCGUCAAUCAAUUCACCUCUUUAUAUAU